AUGCGUGCUCUCUCCCUUCUCACACUUAUCACAGUGGCCCUGGCGGCCUCUGUCCCUAAUUUUCGCGAGGACAGUGAACACAUUUCGGGUUCUCAAAGGCGCCGGAGUGCGGAACCAGGCAACAUUCAACUCCACAAGACGGUGAUUCCCGACUGGGCAGACGACAUCUACCUGACACCCAGCCCGAACGAACAUCUCGAUUCCGAGCGACUCCUCCUCCACCAGAGCAAUGUCAAAGAUAUUUCCAAGGAGCGCGACAGCCCGUCCAUCCGCGUCGACCCUGUCGAAGUGCACAUGUACACCGAGACAUAUCCAAGCCCUGGUGUAGAGAGAAACGUGGUUUCCGCCCGUGGUACCGUGUUCGAGCCCGAACCUAACAGCCUCGGGGGCAGGGUUCCAACAUGUACCCGAAAGGCUGCGAAGCUUCAUACACAGCGAAAGUGGUCAAUCGGCUACGAUCAUGACAACAAAUACAACGGGAUGCAUUGCGGGCAAUCGGACAUGCGUGCGCAGUGGAGAGCAGGGACUAGGCGGUGUGACCAUUGA